AUGUCGAUCGAAAACUUUUACUAUUUAAAUGUUUUUGGCGAGAUUAAUUCAGUAUCAUUUCCACUUGGACCAGAAGCAAAAGGAAUUUUCAUAAAAUAUGAUAUUGUUGCAGGUGAUGACUGGGAAGUGAUUUCAGGAGUGACAACUGGGCUUACGCAAUGCUCAAACCCUCGAAAAGGACAUGACAGCAUUGUUUUUAACAUGCCUAUUGCAUGUACUUUUAGGUUCACCAAUAUAUUUGGAUGGCCUCAAAUUGUAUUCAGUUUAUAUGGCACAAAUGUAUGGGGUACUGAAGUUAGCUUAGGAUAUGCUAGAAUUCAUGUUCCAUGCCAAAUCAAUAGUUCGCAACAAUCUGGAUUAAAGGCCAUUCAUGCGCCAAUAAUUCAAACAAUCUCAACAAAUAUAUGGUCAGCAAUUGCCAACUUCUUGCUAAAUCGAAAUCCCGAACUAAGGGAGCCGAAUAUUCUCUUAAAUGGAAUGAAAAGCAAAAAUUUAUUCACCUCGUCCUAUGGCGAUAUAUUCGUUUUACUUGAAACAAUCACCAAGGGAACUGAAAAACUUGAUAUUUAUUCCUGA